UUAGGAACGAAAAACUUCCCCCCAUUUCAUUCAACGGUGAACCAUUGAACUCUGAAGUUGAAGGUGACCAAUUCGCUGUUUAAACUCUUGAACUUUUCCAAUGAAAAACAUGGAUGCCGUACUGUUGGAGCGCGAGCGUGUCCUUUUUCGGAUGAACGAGGAAAUUAACGCCAAAUCACGUGGAUUAUUUGAACUAAACGAAAAUGCCACCUGGAUGAAUACUAAGAGAAGGAUGAAGAACAACAUCAGGAAGUUAAAUAAUCAUCAAUCGGUGCAGUCGGACAGUUCGGGGAGUUGCUCCAGUGAAGGAGGAAACAAGGAAAAUGAUUGCGAUCCGAUGAGUCCAUCGGAUGCGGAAACGGAAUUCAACGACAGUACGCAAUGCACCGAGGAAAAGUCUGUGGACAGUGAGAAGGACUCAAAUUCUUCGAUCGGUACCCAGAAGGAAGAGCUUCAGCUGGUGAAGCCCAGCGAGAAAAAAAUUAACAAUAAAGCCGUUGCCAAGCAGAGCGCAACGGCCGGUGGCAAGAAUGUUAACAAAAAUAUAGCCGAUGUCGUGCCAAAAGUGCUCGAAAAAAAGAACAUUAGCUCGGAGGGGUUGAUAAAGUUUUUGAAAUCAAAGGUUGCUAUCAUUCAAACUGAGCUGGAAUCGGUUCAGAAGCAAAACGAAGCAAACGUGAAAGAUUUGAAUUUGGCACUGGACCGGUUGAAGCAGUUGGAAAAUUUCAAGGAACAGUUGCUUACGAAAAAUGCUGCCUUGGAGCGAAUGAUUAAGAAGUAUGAAGAGCGCAACUUGGAGCUGGAUAAACAAGUUAAGGAAAAGGAAGUCCAAAUAAUCAACAGUGCAAAAGAGCUGUCAACGGCGCGAACCGAGAUACGCUGCUUGACCCAGAACAACCAAAAUCUAGAGAAAAGACUGUUCAAAGCACAGGAAGACAACGACGGUCUCAAGAUCAAGCUAACCAUCGCCAACGAUGCCGAAAAGGAGACACGAGAUGCAGCACGACAGGAGCGAUUGACUUACGAAAAACAAAUUAGACAAUUAAGAAAACAAAGAAGCGAAGUACUGGCAGAUUACAAGAAGCUUCUGAUGGCAGUCGACCAGAUGAAGAAGCAAAACUUCCAAACGGACCAGGCGCGUCUCAUCAGUGACUUUGAGCGGGACUACUUUAGACAUUUGGACGAUGCAUCCUCUUGCUCUUUGCCACAAUGAGAGG